UUAAGGAGUGCAUUAAAAGUGUCUGAGCAUCAUCACUCACCACCCAGCACUUGGUCCCUUCCCCCUCUCCCUCUCGUUAUCUCCACUUGGAAAAACUCACCCACCAAAUCUCUUCUUUCCAUUCCUCAGGCAUUUUCAGCGAUCGAUCACUCGCUUCUCCCUCAAACAGUCGACUCUGUAUAUAUAGAGUCAUACCCGGAAAUCAAGUGGAGAAACGAAAAUGCUUACGUGCAUAGCUCGUUCAAAGCAGCCCGGAGAUGAAUCGAUUAAUCAACCUGAUGAUAUACACCUUAGCAGAACGCCCAGUGGUAAACAAGCCAUGAAAACCCUCACCUCUCAGAUCAAAGACAUGGCGUUGAAAGCUUCAGGGGCGUAUCGUCAUUGCAAUCCAUGUGCCCAGUCGACUCUACAGAAGCCGACAAACUACACCGAGUCGGUUUCGGCUGCAUCGGCGUCGGAGAGGUUCCGGUGGCCGCCCUACCGGAGGACGGGAAGUGCGAACUCGAGCUCGGCGACGGGGAGGGUGUGGGGAAAGGAAAUGGAGGCGAGGCUUAAGGGGAUUUCUUCCGGCGAGGGGACGCCGGCGUCGGUUUCGGCGUCUGCAAGUGGCCGGCGAGUCGACCCGGUGGUGUUGGUGGAAGAAAACGAGCCCAAAGAAUGGGUUGCUCAGGUGGAGCCUGGCGUUUUGAUCACCUUUGUUUCGCUGCCACGUGGAGGGAAUGAUCUGAAGCGUAUUCGUUUCAGUCGAGAAAUGUUUAACAAAUGGCAAGCUCAAAGAUGGUGGACAGAGAAUUAUGACAGGGUAAUGGAACUUUACAAUGUUCAGAAGUUAAACCGCCAAGCUUUUCCGCUUCCCACCCCUCCCAGAUCUGAAGAUGAGAAUUCAAAAAUUGAAUCUGCUCAAGACAGCCCUGUAACCCCGCCAUUGACUAGAGAACGCCUACCUCGGACUUUACACCGUCCAACAGGAAUGGGAAUGGGAUACUCAUCAUCGGAUUCACUUGAACUCCACUCAAUGCAGUCUCGCUAUAACUACGACUCUUGUGGUGUCACCUCAACCCCAAAACUCUCAAGCAUUAGUGGAGCUAAGACAGAAACAUCAUCGAUGGAUGCCUCCAUAAGGACUAGCUCAUCAAGAGAUGCAGAUCGCUCUGGAGAGCUAUCCAUCAGCAACGCGAGUGAUUUAGAGACUGAAUGGGUUGAACAAGACGAACCUGGGGUAUACAUUACUAUCCGAGCAUUGGCAAAUGGCAGAAGGGAACUCAGACGUGUCAGAUUCAGCCGAGAAAAGUUUGGGGAGGUGCAUGCUAGGCUAUGGUGGGAAGAGAACCGAUCAAGGAUACAUAAACAGUACUUGUGAGUUGUGAUUUGAUCCAACAAGAUUGGCUGCAGGUGCUGCUGUUUGCUAAUUGAGGUGGUGCCUACUACUACAGCAUUCUACUUCUUUGUUCUGCUAUACGGCUAAAUUUUCAUUAUAAGAAUAUGGGUUGGGAGAGAGUUACAAAUGUAACAGUUGCAUCUUUAUAAGGACAUCAUUUGCUUUGUGAAUGCUUCAAAACAACCUCCUGGGUUGUGGGCUCUUUUAAUUUUGUAUUCCCUUUUUUUAUUUUCCAAUUAAAUUUCCCAGUAUAUAUUA